AUGUUGUUCUUUACCGUCGUUUUCAUUUGUUUCAUAAGUCAUCCGUUAUUUGCUGUUGACUUAAACAUCUAUAAUAGUGUAACUGAAAUUCGACAAAGCCAAAGUGGUCUUGAUACCUAUCAAUAUUAUUUUAAAAAUGAUGAAUAUGCAAAUAUAAUUGAAGAUUCAAUUAGUUGGGAUGGAACACCAUUUAUCAAACAAGAAUUAUUUAACACAAUUGAUGUACUAAAGGAUGCUUCAGUCACAGUACGACCAACAACUUCAUGUAAAUGUCAAAAUAUAGAAGCAAAAAUUGUCGAUCCAAAUACAAUGUUACUAAAAAAUUUGGAUACAAAAGGUUAUUUUUAUGCUGAUAGUCGUUCAAUUGAAUAUACAUCGGUAAGACCCGAUGAAGGUGGUACAACUUUAAGAUUUGAAUUUAAAAAGAAAAAUACAAAUUAUACUGGAACAUUAUCAUAUUUAAUGAGAGGAAUAUCAUGGUCACCAAAUUAUGAUCUAUUUAUUAAAGAUGAAAAUACUUGUAGUCUUCGAGCUUAUGCUAAUAUUCGUAAUAAUCAACAACAAGAAUAUCAAGUUGAUAAUACUUAUUUAUAUAGUGGUGAUAUUCCAUUAGUGAAUAAUUAUCCACCAGUUAUGUCCUAUCCAAUGAUGAUGAAAGGAGCUGCAGAAGAACUUGCCAGUUCACCAUCUAUUCAACUUGAUGGUGAACAGAAAGGUUUUUAUUUUUAUUCAUUAAAAGAUAAGUAUACUUUACAUGCAAAAAGUUCAAUUCGUUUACCGUUUAUAAUUGUUAAUCCUACAUGUAAAUUUUAUUAUAAAACAACAACAAGUAUUAGUAGUGGACAAUAUAAAGGUGUAUUUCAACGAAACUAUGAUAUAAUAUCAGAUCAGUUUUUACCAGCUGGAACUUUAACCAUUCGAGAUAAUCAAGUAUUAAUGGGUCAAUCAAGUUUACCUGAUGUUCCAGUAAAUUAUUCACAAAUGGUUACUCUAGGUCAAGAUAAUGAUGUUCGAUAUUCAGUAAAAGGAAAUAUAACAGCAUCAAAUAAAGACACAACGACGAUUACUUGGCAAACAUAUGAACUUAAUGUGACAAUAUUCAAUUAUAAAGAUAAAGAUGUCAAUGGUCAACUUGACUUUUAUGGAGCUCCUCAAACACAUAUUGAUAAAACAACAUGUAAUUCAACUUCAGUUGAUGGAACUACGAUUAAUUUACCAUUUCAAGUUAAAAAAGGUGAUAAUUAUCAAUGUCGAAUUACUGUUACUUUAACAUGGGGAUAA